AUGUCAACAUAUGCUAUCACCGGAUUGAUUGCUCUCGCAAUCUGUUGCGCUCCCUUCACUAUCCUCUCAAUCAUCAUCUAUCCCCUACCCAUUACACCAGAUCCGAAGUACGCUAGGUUUGUCUUCAUAAGCACAUCCGUCCUCGCCGUGAUUGCAGCCUACCAACUCUAUACCACCAACCAGUCCUUCCAAGCAUGCACCCACGCCUUCCAUGCAAACGAAAUCGAACUUCACAACGCCACACAAUACAACGCCGUACUGCAAAGCAAGCUAGAGAACAGGCCAAUGAAGGGAGUCGCCGCUCUAAGAGCUGAACUAAGCAAAUGCGAGACGGAGAAGAGCGGACUGAGAUGGUUUCGUGAUGAUUGCCGCGCGCAUUGCGAGGAGCAUGGGCAGGAUGUUCUGUGGGACAUUGGAAUGAAGGUAGAUGCUAUGUUUGGGGAGAUGAGGGAAGUGGCUUUAACGGGUGGGGAGGAGAGUGGGAAGGAGGAUGGGAAGGAUAGGAAGGGUGAUGAGGUAGAGAAAGAUGAGAAGAAGUAG